AUGGCUACUCCCUCAAUUGUCAUUGUGCCAGGCGCAUGGCACCGACCUGCACACUUCCAGAGCCUCAUUGAUGAGCUCGCAAAGGUCAACUACGAUGCAGAGGCUGUGACCAUUCCUUCAGUGGACUCCAGUCCCCCAUUGGCCAGCUGGAACCAAGAUGCUCAAGCUGUCCGACAAGUGAUUAUGAACAAACUGGAUGCCGGGAAGGAUGUCGUCGUGCUCGCACAUUCAUUUGGCGGCAUCGCCAUGUCCGAGGCAGCCAAGGGUCUAGGAAAGAAAGACCGAGACGCACAGGGUUUGAAAGGCGGAAUUGUCAAGCUGGUCUACAUGUGCGCGAUGGCGUUGCCAGAAGGCCAGACCCAUAUCGGCCAGUUGGUUCCGCAGACGCCCGAGGAAGAAGAGAUCGAGCGUCAACGCAAGGAGUUGGAAGAAAAGUUUGGUGGGCUAGAUGUGUCAGCGGACGGAGCAAUCAGCCUCCCGAAGGAGAGUAUCCACCUCGUCUUUUAUAACCGUUGCGAGCAGAAGGAUAUCGAUAGGGCCGUGGAGCUGUUGGGCACAUUUCCCGUGGGCCCGUUAACCGUUCCUGUCACAUACACCGCGUACCGUGAGAUCCCGAGUACAUACAUUGUUUGCAAAAAUGACCAGGCAUUGCGGGAACCGUUCCAGCGGAGGAUGAUUGCGCAAGGUCAGGGCUAUUUCGAGGUGGAGGAAUGUGAUGAGGGCCAUUCCCCAUUCAUGAGUAAACCGGGCUUCAUCGUCGAUUGUAUUCGGAGGGCUGCUGGAGAGAAGGUCUAG